AUGCACUCCGCAGACUUCGCCGCCGCCCAGCAACGCAUAGCAGCCCGCCGCGCCCAGCGCGCCCUUGAGCACCGCAACCACCAUGGCCCGUCUCGCUCCGCCCGCGCCCUAUCGCGGCUGCCGUUCCCCCUGAGCUCAGUCUCGUCGGCGGGCUUCACCGUCUGGGACGCGAUCAAGGGCCGCUCCGGCACGCGCCCCGAGUUCCGCGUCGGCCAGGUGGAUGCCGAGCUGCUCGACGAGGAGCUGCUCACGCUGCUCAAGGACCAGGUCGCCGAGGGCCUCAAGUACUUUGGCUCCCACGUCGCCGACAACUACGCGCCCGAGAUCCUGCUGGUCCUGCGCGCCAUCCUGUGGAAGCUGAGCAUCUGGGACCAGAACGCCAGCUACGGCGCCCACCUGCAGGGCCUGCGCUACACCGACGCCCGCAGCAGUGCCCCCAAUCGCCCGCCCCCGAAGCCCUGGCAGAAGAUUGCAUACGGCGUCGUGACGGUCGGCGGCCGCUAUGCCUGGACAAAGUGGGAGGACUACCUCUUGUCCGCGUCCGAGGACUACACGCGGCCCGAGAGCGCGCGCCUCACCUUCAUGGGCCGCCUGAGCGAGCUGGCCGGAAACGCCCACGACGUCCUCGGCCUCGCCAGCUUCCUCGUCUUCCUCGUCGACGGCCGCUACCGGACCAUUACCGACCGCCUGCUGCGCCUGCGCCUGACGCCCUCGUCGCACUCGACGUCGCGCGAGGUCAGCUUCGAGUACCUCAACCGCCAGCUCGUAUGGCACGCCUUUACCGAGUUUCUGCUCUUCCUCCUCCCGCUCGUCGGCAUCUCGCGCUGGCGCCGCAUCCUCGCCCGCACGCUCAAGAAACUCCGCGCCGCCCUCCUGUCCCUCAUGGGCAGAUCACCCGCUGCGUCGCAUGACAGCGAACAAGCAAACACGGGCGGCGAACUCGGCUUCCUCCCCGAGCGCACAUGCGCCAUCUGCUACCGCGACCAGAACCCCACGUCGGCCAGCGAAGCCGACAUCAUGGCCGCGUCGGCCGGCGCCGGCGGCGUCGUCGGCAGCGCCGCAACAGACAUUACCAACCCCUACGAAGCCACGUCGUGCGGCUGCAUCUACUGCUUCGCCUGCCUCGCCCAGCGCAUCGCCAACGAGGAAGGCGAAGGCUGGACCUGUCUGCGCUGCGGCGAAACCAUCAAAGAAUGCCAGCCCUGGACCGGCGACAUCAUCCAAGAACAACCACGCACCGCUGUCCACCCGCCAUCCUCGCACCCCAACCAAGACCACGACAGGCCCAACACGGCAAAGUCGGUUGGCUUCGCUACCGCCGACACCCCCGCCACCACAACCACAACAAAGUUCACCCCCAACACAGACGACACGGACGACUCGCUCGACGAAAAGGCCUCGCUCCUCCGUGAAAUCGACCCCAUGCCCGACCACCACCACCAACAUGCCCAUGGUCUCCUGGACACCUCGCACACACGCGGCCUCAACCUCGGCGAAUCCCUCUUCACAGAGAGCUCAGAGUGGGCCCGUGCAAGCGAAGAUCGUAGCGAUAGCAGUAGCAGUAGUAGUAGUAGCAGCAGUAGCGAUGGCAGACAUACCAGCGAUGACGAGCACAGCGAGGAGUACGACGAGGAUGAGGAGGAGGAAGGCGAGGAAUUGGAGGCAUUAUGAUGGGAUGAAUUCCUUUUUUUUUGAUCCAUUUAUUACUCAUCUCCUUGUUCUUCUUCUCCUUCUACUACCACUACCACUACCACUACUACUGCACCUUGUUUUUCUUGCGUCUUGAUGUCGCGACCUUUGGUCCUUGAAUAGACUGUGUGGGCGGAUGCAUGCAUGCAUGGCUGGAUUGGAUGACGAACAAAAAAAAUACGUCGACUUGUCUAUUUCCUUUUGCUUUUGCUUUUGCUUUUGCUUCUCUCGUUCAUUCCCUUUCCCUCCCCCUACGACGACGAUAGUACUGCUUUUCAUUCGUUGCAAUUUUUCUUCCUCUUCUGCUUCUGCUUCACACGUCUUGUAUACUAGACCUAGUCAGCGUCACUAAUGCAUGAUACCCUGAUUU